GUGUAAUCGCCGCGGUGUUGGCGCAGUGGAGGUCAUGGGACGGACAGGGGUGACUCAGAGCUGCCUCGGGACAAACGGCGGGGCGCGACCGGCCGUGGAGCUGCGUUUCGGUGACGUGUGUGACCUGGGCUGACCCGGACGAACCCAUGGUGGCUACUUGACAGCAACAUUUCCCGGGUCAAGCACACGAGAUGGUCAGAUACCUGACUUCAUUUGCAAGAAAGCACGGCCUGCUUCGUGAAGAAUGUGUCUCCAACUGUCCAUUGGUGAUUGAUGGCAAUGAUCUCAUGAUACCACUGAAAGACUGGUGUUAUGAUGAAACAGACGAAGGAGGCAUCUACCAAAACUAUGCCGGGAACGUGGCUAUGUUCUUCUGCGAUUUGCAAAGAUCCGGAAUUUCUCCUGUUGUGCUGCUCCAUGAUGAACUGCCCGCCAGACUGGGCAUACCGCCGGUUGUCUUAGAAUUUGAGUCAAAUCAAAUACAGGACUCAUACAAGGACCACGGCCUUCCACACGCUGAAGAUGAAACCAGUCGGCUGCUCUACAAAAACAUAUUUUUGCAGGUUCUUCGGCGCCUGGAGAUACCGCACAUCGUCUGUUUGAAUGAUGCCACUGCCGAGUUUGCUGCGCUGGCCCGAAAACUGGACUGUCCCAUUAUGGGAAAUCAGAACAAGUACCUGACCCUGAACGUAGUCGCCGUCAAGGUACCCCGCCCCCGGAAAAGGGCCACGCUGCAGCUUCGUCGCCCGCCGCCUGGACAGACGGGGUUCUACAUGCCCUGUGAGGUGUUCCAUCCGGAAAGGUUCCUGGAGGAGUUCGGCAUCUCUGCCAAGAUGCUGCCCCUCGUCUCGACAAUCCCGGGUACCGUUUCGCUUCUGCCAGCCCUGUUCGACGCAUUCUUUGCGAAACUUGAAGAGCAGUACCAUUCAGUGGAGGGGGAGGAACUACGACGACUGGACCUGCUGAUGCGGUGGCUCUCCGACCAGGAGUCGAUGGAAGCUGCCCUGGAAGAGGUGCUCUGCGGAUGCCAAAUAUCCGAACAGGAUAAGUGCAACAUCAAAGACGAAGUUCACCGAAUCGUGAGCUGCCCGGAGAAGAGCAGUCUCGAGUUUCUCCGGGACGCCAGGACUAUGACGCUGUCCAAUGGGAUGGUGCUGUGCGACAUUGCUGCUGCUGUGGCUCCCUCAAUCUCCUCUGGCCGCACUUCAGAGCUCUCUGACCCCACUCCAGCUUCCUCUAGUCCAACUCCACACCCCACUGGCCCCACUCCAGCCCCCACUGACCCCACUUCAGCCCCCACUGACCCCACUGACCCCACUCCAGCCCCCACUGGCCCCACUCCAGCCCCCACUGACCCCACUCCAGCCCCCUCUGGCCCCAAUCAAGCCCCUUCUGACCCACCCAUCCCUGACCGCAGGUUACCACUGUAUGACCCCACUCCACCCGCAGCUAAAACCGUUCCCGCUUGGGUCAAGUUCCCACAUCCACCGGCACUGCGACAAGCGGCAGCUAGCGGUUGCGUACAGAAGCGCUGUCUCCGAGUCCUGUACAAUGUGCCCAUAACAUUGUCCCCCAUGGUGGAAGAUCACGGUCUUCCGUUCAGCCGCAUGGCAGCUGUGCCGCUGCAGGCGAGACUCUCGGCGCUGCUGGGAGCUCCGACCCAGCCGCUGGUGCUGCUUGGUGCCGUCCACAGGGGCAAGAAGCACCAGCUGCUGGCCAGCUGCACGUGGGGCGCGCCGCUGCUGGAGCGCGUCCUGCUGGGAGGCGAGCAGAGCCGACUGCGAGCGGCGCUCAGCACGCUACAGCUGCGGCCGAACACGCUGGACGCGCUGCCAGAGCUGCUGCGGCUGCCGGCCGCCGCGCUGGUCGAGUGGCGCCGCGUCACGACCCCUCGCAGUGGGCGAGGUCAGGUGCGCGCCGUGCUGCUGACCCUGCUGGCGAUGACGCCGGCCGACACGCCGCCCUCAGCGCUGGGCCUGAGCGCUUCAGUGGCCGCCGAGUGGCGAACCCGAGCCUGGCCAUGGCGCUUUGCACAGCCGUCGAGAGGUCGGACGGACCGGAAAGCGAUGCACCUUCAGAACGAGCUGCAGGACGUGUACAAAACGGUGCUGAGCGUGAACGAGGUGCUGGACCAGCCCCUGCAGCAGCUGGAUGUGGUCGAUACGAUCCACGUGCCGAUGACGAUGCUAUUCGGCUUCUUUGCCAGCUGCGGCGACACCAUCAUCGAGCCUGGAGAAGAGGUGACGAAUCUGGUCGACGCGGUGGCAGACACUGUCGAGGAGGAGGUCCGCUGGUGGCUGGACAACAGACGGCAGGACAGCGGCAGUGCAGGUGUUCCUGCUUGGACGCCCCCACACAGUCGCCAAGGUCCAUCCAGCUCGGAGCACCCGGAUCUUGGGGCAGUCAGAGAGCUCACCGGCCUCAUCAACAAGCUGACCGGCGAGAACGCGCCGCACCUGCUGAAGAAGAUGCGCCACGUCUCGGUACAAACCGAGUACGGACUCUACGCGCUCGUCGAUGUUGUCUUCCGAGCUGUGCUGAAGAUGCCGCGACUGAUCGACUUUUUCGCUGACGCAUGCGCAGUGCUUGACAAACUCCAGGUGAAGUCAGACCGCAGAGACGGCACGGCCGUCAGCUUUGGCGACUUCAUGCUGACCCGGCUGUCGCGUGGCCUCGCACCGGUCAACCGGAACACACUCUCGCGGGAAGACCUGCUGCAUCACCUGGAGACGGUGGAAGACCCCGCGGAGCGCCGACGCCAGCUGCGGGAGCUGACAGACUGCUGGCGACAGGCCGAGAGGCGGCGCUGCGUCUGCCUGCUGCUGCUGGCAGCGCUCAUCCGCCGAAACCUGGUUCCAGCCUGGGAUGCACAGAUCUGCUUUAGAGAGCUGGAGUUAGAGAUGAGGCCGAAAGGUAAAAAACUUCGCAGUGUGAAGCUGUUCGAUGACGACAACGGCCCGGAGAUGGACGAAGUGAAAGAAGCUGCCGAGGAGAUAAUCGAUUUAAUCUCAUCUGUCAAAAAGCAGCCUACACAGUGCAAAGCUUACUUGCAAGAAGUUUACGACCGAUUCGCUAUGGACGACUCAACAGAGGAUGCUGAUUCCCAGUCUUCUGGCGAAGAGCCUAAAGAUGAUGGCAAGCCCUCCGGGAAACCCCGGAAGACGUCUCUCGGAAACACGAAGGAGGAAAGCGCACCUUCGGAAAGAGCUAACUUGAGUCACGAGGUUGAGGGGGAAACCGUGAGGUUGUGAAAGGGGUGACGUUCUCCCUGGAUGACGGCAGUGUGAACACACAAGAAACGCAUUAGAAGUCAAGGACUUGAGAAGUGAACACUUUCAGAAGUUCACGCUCUCGCCACAUGCGAGAGAUCACAGGGUGCGGUAGAUCAAGCGGUAGAAAGCGAGACUUUGCUGUGAAUGUGAGUUACUGCCUUUUGUGAUGCCAGGUGAUACUUCAAAGAUGAACGAAGAUACGCAGGCUUGUGAGACAAGAUGUGAUACGAAGCUGAAAGCUGAUGCCCUCUAAACAUUAAAAGAGCGAAUGUUCUUGAGAAGUACGAGAAACAGAUGAAAGCUGGAGCUUGUGAAAAAAGAUAGUUGAUACUGGGGAGAUUAGUCGUUGCGACGAGACAUUACAUGAAGAGAGAUGGUGAUUCGUUGUGAACGAUCAGGAAUCAUCUUCUGUUGCCUUGUUGAAGCUGCGCCAGUUAGCCGAAUGAGUCCUAUUCUGGCGAUUGACACAAAUGCGUUUAAUUUGCGAAAUGGUUAAGUUAUUCCCGCGAAUGAAUUAUCAAAGUGCGUGUUGAAAAUACGAUAUAUAGGUAAAGGGAUCCUUUGUAUGAUAACAACAAGUAAAAUGUGUUUGCGGUAGCGGCGACGAGUUUAAUGGUCGUCGUGCUUUGAGGUACGCUCAGUGAUACAUUAUCCAGACGAGGGCUGAUAUUUUGUAAAGAAUGAAUAUAUUGACAUCCACCGCAUGGGACCA